ACCACUCCUCAAUCCUUUCAACACAACUUUCUGACACUUUCAACCAAGUCCACUGGCUAGUCCGCCGCCAACAACAUGCAUAUCCACUCCCUUCUUGCCCUGACCCUGGCAGUCACCACCUCGGCCUUGCCCUCCCUUCCAGGAUGUCUCGUGACCGAUGAGAACCACUCUCGCGCCUGCCGUGAGGUUGGCCCCGUGCAGAGCAAGCUGGAGAUUGUCGACGGUCAGAAGCAGCAGAACCGCGGUGGUCUCCAGGGCCAGAUCGAAUAUGUCGACCAGCAAAUCGGCAAGGAGAUCGAGUGCCCCGGUUGCGGCAAGAACAUCGUCGGUGGCCUUGCCCAGUCCAGAUCCAUCGAUCAUAACAACAAGGUUACUGGCCAGGGUGAGCAGCAGCUUGAUGUGAUCAACGGAAAGACCCACGAAGAGUGGAUGGGUGUGGAUCAGCAGCAACAGGACAGCACGCCCCAUGGCCAGAAGUCCAACUUCAAGGUUGGCCAGAAUCAAAAGCGUAACCACCUCGGCCAGCACUUUGACGACCAGUCCAGCACCCACGGCCCCGUCAUGUACACCGGCAAGACUCAGCAAGAUGAGCUUCUUACCAAGGGCCAAGGCAAGACCCAAGAGCUCUACAAUACCAUAGGCCAGACCAAUGGCCGCGUCCAGGAGCGUGAUACCACCCACAACUGGGCCAACCAACUCAACCAGGGCCAGAACCAAGAGCAGCAAGAGCAAUUCAACAAGGGUACCCAGCAGAUCGAAGGUCUCUACACCACUGGCAGCACCCACGGUGUCACCCAGGAGUUCAACAAGGGCGGCCAAAACCAGCAGCUCUACAACGGUCAGCAGGUAGGUACUACUGACCAGCUGUACAAGACCGGCCAGAACGGUAUCCUCCUGACCACCAACUCCAACCAUGAGCAAGAGCAGUUCAACAAGGGUCAAGGCCAGGGCCAGCAGCUGUAUAAUGGUCAACAGACUCACCAUCAGCAGCAGCAGCAGCAGUGGAACAACGGCGGCAGCCCCAACGACAUUCUCCUGACUACUACCCACCAGCAGCAAUUCUACCAGGGCCAGCCCAUCAACACUCAGCAGCUCGACAACAAGGGCCAGGGACUCCAACAACUCCACAACGGCCAGCAGACACAGCAGCUGAACAAGAUCGGCGGUGAACAGACCCAGCAACUCAACAACGGCGGCAACUGGAACCACCAACAAGCCACCCAAGAGCUCUUCAAGACCACCACCACCAACGGCGGCAUCAUCCAAGUCCGUCACGACGAGACUGCUGCUGGCGAGCAUUUCGAUGGUCAGCUGGAGCAGCAGCAGCAGCAGUUGGCCGCCGGUAACAGCCAAAGCAAGCAGCAGCAAGAGGAGAUCGUCAUCGGUAGCCAGAACAACCAGCAACAAAUCUUCUCUCCCCAGCAAAUGAUGGAUUUCGUUGCUGCUCACUCCAAGCAGCAGCAGCAGCAGCAGUGGGUUAGGGAGCAGGUGGUUACCGUGGAUGGCAAGCAGCAGGAGGUUUGGACUUGUGUUUGAGCAACUGACUGACUGACUAACUAGUCAGUUAGUUUUCCCUGCUGAGAGGGAAGGAUGGGGAGGAUGGAUGGAUGGAUGGAUGGAUGGAUGGGAAAAGAAUGGAUUCAAAUGAGAUGGAUGUUGGAUGAGAUGAUGACGAUGUUUCAGUUUCAUGACACUGAUGCUGAUGCUGACGCUGCCUGUGACAGGUGGUAAAAAAGCUACUUUUCGAUUCGAGAAGGAAGGGUAUAGUGCAUUGAUGCCACAUUGGGCUCAACGCCUUUCACUCGUUUGGUUGUUGAAGGGAUUUUUCUAUUCGAAGGGCGAUGUUUUUAUCUGUUUUGUUGUUUUUCUAGUGCUUUUGAGAGAAUAGGUAGCAAUGGAGUCGCUCGUUGAAUUGUUGUUGUUCUUCG